GGGGGAGAGUCUGAGGUCUUAUCUACCCUUCUGCGAGGAAAAGCGCAGAGCUGAAGCACGAGAGACACAAACGGCCAACAGAAAAUCUCACGAGCCCUAUUUCUCUCUCUCUCUCUCCCUCUUUUUUCUUAAGAAAAUAAAUAAAUAAAUAAAUAAAGAGAGAAAUUUCCCGUCAUCUGUGCAUUUUCUCUCCAGGUAUCUUCACAGAUGAAAAUGAUUCUCUCUCUCUCUCUCUCUCUCUCUCAUCGUAGUGGCUUUGCAGAGUCCCAGUCUAUGAAACCUUAAUCUACCCAAAUAUUAGAACUAACUUACAGUUACAGAGAUAACAGAGGGGGCUGUUGUGGUUCAAAUCCAGCUACCCCCAAGUGUUAGGGUUGACGUCAAUUCACUUUACGACUUUGCCUUGUCUAUUCAUUUAUGCGGCCGCCAUCGUCGCCUUCCCAUCCUCUUCCUCGCUUAAUCAAUCCCUUGGAAUCCUCCAGAUAGUUAUAGGUCUUUAAGGAGGAUGAAUCACUAUGUGCCUGAUUUUGAGAUAGACGAUGAUUAUUCAAUCCCUCUAGCUUCAGGCUUGCCUUGCCCCAGAAAAUCAUCCAUGGCGGACGAUGAUAUCAUGGAGCUGCUAUGGCACAACGGCCAAGUGGUUAUGCACAGCCAAACGCAGAGACCGCCCAAGAAAUCACCGCCUUCUAAAUAUGACGAGGCAGUUCUCCCCGGCAACCAAUCAACGGUCAUGGAGAUCCAACCGCCAUUGCUACACAAUCACCAACAUCAUCAGCAUCAGCAUCAGCAGCAGCAGCAAUCCACCACCGAUCAUCUCUUUAUGCAAGAAGACGAAAUGACGUCCUGGCUCCACUAUCCUCUCCAGGAUACCAACUUCGAGGGCGAUCUUUGCGCCGAUCUCCUCUAUCCUUCGCCCUGUGUCACUUCCACCUCCACCUCAGCCUCCGUUCCGCACCCGGUCCGUGCGGCUCAAGUUCCCGCUGUGGCAACCGCGUCCAGGCCACCGAUAGCACCGGCGAGGAAAACUGAACUGGAGACGAGAGUGCAGAACUUUGCGCACUUCUCGAGGCACAAGGCGAGGGUCGAGUCUGUGCCAUCAAGCUCGAAGUCGGUGGUGAAGGAACUAACGGUUGUGGAUUCGAGCGACACGCACGCGGCUGCGGGGCCGGAGUCGGGGACGUCGGAUGCGAUCAGGAGCACGGAGAGGGCAUCUGGCGGCAACAGUUUGUGCAGGACCAUCAGCGGCCCUGCAGCGGUUGGAACAUCAUCUGCUGCCCCGGGCGUUAAUGGAGGCAGUAGCGCAGGGAAGGAACCUUUGACGUGCGAGGGGACUGUUUCUUCAUCUCCAGGCUGCUCGAGCGCAAGUGCGGAUCCGCCUCAGAAGCCGGCGGCUGAAGACCGGAAACGUAAGGGAAGAGAGAUGGAUGACAUCGAGUCGGGUCAUAGCGAGGAUGUUGAUUUUGAAUCUGCUGAUACAAAGAAACAAGCUCGUGGAUCAACUUCUACAAAGAGAUCCCGUGCUGCAGAGGUCCACAAUCUCUCAGAAAGGAGGCGCAGAGAUAGAAUAAAUGAAAAAAUGAGGGCUUUGCAAGAACUCAUACCUCGCUGCAACAAGUCUGACAAGGCUUCAAUGCUAGAUGAGGCUAUUGAGUACUUGAAAUCACUUCAGCUGCAAGUGCAGAUGAUGUCCAUGGGAUGUGGCUUGGUACCAAUGAUGUUUCCUGGCGUACAGCAGUACAUACCACCAAUGGGGAUGGGAGUGGGUAUGGGCAUGGGCAUGGAAAUGGGAAUGAGUCGGCCGGUGAUGCCAUUUCCCAAUGUCUUAGCAGGUUCAGCCUUGCCGGCUCCUGCUGCUGCAGCUCAUUUAGGUCCAAGGUUUCCUAUGCCAGCCUUUCAGAUGCCACCUGUACCAGUACCUGGCCCAUCCAGAAACCAAGCAACUAGCCAGUCAGAUCCCAUGGUAAACUCAUUCAGCAUGCAAAAUCCAAACCAGCCCCGGUUGCCAAGUUUUGUUGACCCUUAUCAACAGUAUCUAGGUCUCCCCCAGAUGCAGCUGCCACCGGUGCAGAACCAAGCAGUUAGUCAGCCAAGUACCAGUAAAGAAGCUGACAAUCUUGAAAAUCCCCAAUCAGGUUGAAGUUUCGAGCAUGUUACGGAUGAACGGCUAUUUGCCUGUGAAGUUUUGUAGUGUAAGAAGACAACCCCAACCUGGGAGAAGCUUUUUCAAGUAGCAAAUUUGAUGUAAUACAGCUAACAUGUAAUUAUUACAAACACAUAGAAUAUAGUUUUCCUCUUGUAUACUAUGACUUUGUCUUUUUUCCUCUCUCCCCACUUGUCAGCAAAUAUUCUGUUCUCUGCCUUGACACGUCUUAUUUAUUCAAACUGGAAAACUAGGAAAGAAACAAAGGGUUAUCACUUGUUGAUUAUGAAACCUUAAAAUGAGAGGCUGGUUGGAUUUGGGUCCAA